AUGGGGGGUAUCGUCACCCAAAGCUCGGUGGUCGAAAAGCAUGCGACACCGUCGAUGGAUGCAGAUGAGCUACGUCUGGCUCAAAUGGGGCAUACACAAGAGUUGAAGCGUCACUUCAGUAUCCUCUCACUGAUCGGAUUGGCAUCAACCACGACCAUCUCGUGGACCGGCCUCGGAUUGGGCAUUGUCACCGAGAUCAAUGCUGGGGGUCCUGGGGCGAUCAUCUACGGCUUCAUUCUCGUCACCAUCAUGCAAUCCUUCUUGGGUGCUUCGCUGGCUGAAUUCGUGUCGAGCUAUCCCACCGAGGGUGGCAUGUACCACUGGAUCGCGGCGGUAGCGCCCAAGAGAUCCAGCGCCUUUCUGAGUUUUCUCACGGGCUGGUUGACAGUGUGUGGAUGUGAGUUCCAACCGCCAACGCUCUGCCCCAAAAAGAAACCCCCCCCCCAAAUUGAUCGCUUCGUGCUAAAUUUUAACGGGGGCGACCCUGCGACAGGGAUAUUUACCACCGCCUCGACAAACCUCAUAUUUGCGCAAGUCGUCCAGGCUUUGUAUGCGCUCUAUCAUCCGGAUCUAGCCUUCCAGACCUGGCAGACAUUUGUCAUUUAUCAGAUUCUCAAUGCUCUGACGGCGUCCGUCGUGCUGUUUGGCAAUCGAAUCAUUCCUGCUCUGAAUAAGUUCUCUCUCUUCUACUUGCAGAUCGGAUGGCUCGUCGUCCUGGUGACCGUCGUCGCAUGUGCCCCAACUCAUCAGAACUCGACCUUUGUGUUCAAGACCUGGAUCAACAACACCGGCUGGAGCAAUAAUGGAAUUUGCUUCAUCACCGGCCUUGUGAAUCCGCUGUACAGUCUCGGAGGCCUCGAUGGAGUCACCCACAUUACCGAAGAGAUGCCCAAUGAAUUGAUCUUCAGCCCCUACUCGACGGUGAGAAACACAUCAACUGACUACAAGUCACCAACCAAGCCCUCCCGAAAUGCACCCCUCGCCAUUGCUAUUACCCUUUCCAUCGCCUUUGUCACCGGUCUCACCUACUUGAUCGGACUCAUGUUCAGUGUCCAGGACUACGCCGCUCUCUCCACGACCAGCACGGGACUCCCUCUCGCCGAGCUAUUCCACCAAGUCACCCAAUCCGCCGGCGGCGCCUUUGGUCUUACCUUCAUUCUCUUCAUCGCCCUCGGACCGUGCGUCAUCUCUUCUCAGCUGUCCACGUCCCGCGUUCUCUGGGCCUUUGCCCGCGACGGGGCCAUGCCCUUCUCCAACAUCUGGAGCCGAGUCAGCCAACGAUUCGGCAUCCCCUUCAACGCACAGCUCCUCGUUGCCGCGGCCAACGCCGUUCUCGGCUGUUUGUACCUGGGCAGCAGCACCGCAUUCAACAGCAUGUUGGGUGCGGCCGUGACCAUCAAUAACGUGGCAUAUCUGAUCCCCAUCGCUACCAACAUGCUCACCGGCCGGGGCAACAUGCACAAGGGAGCGUUCCAUAUGGGUCGUUUGGGGUGGAUCGUCAACGGCAUCACGGUGGGAUGGUUGAUUUUUGCCAUCAUCUUCUUUAGUUUCCCGUAUACCAUGCCGCUGACUGUGCAGAAUAUGAACUAUACAUGUGUGGUGGUUGGGGGAUUGCCGCUGUUCAUUCUAUUAUGGUGGGUGAUUGGUAGCAAGCAGUACAAGGAGAAGAUUGCGGCUGCCAAGGAGGAAUAG